GCUGCGUGCAGUACGGGUUAUUUAAAGGUGUGCGCUGGCGCCAAGCAGUCGUGGUCCUUGAGUCUGUCUGGUUUGUGUAACGCUGCGGACAUGGCUAGCCACAUCGUGCUCUACAACGGCGCCAAGAUGCCCACGGUGGGCCUGGGGACCUGGAAGUCCCCUCCAGGCAAAGUGACGGAAGCAGUGAAGGUGGCGAUCGGCCUUGGGUACCGCCACAUCGACUGUGCCCACGUGUACCAGAACGAGAAUGAGGUGGGCGUGGCCAUCCAGGAGAAGAUCAAGGAGCAGGUGGUGAAGCGCGAAGACCUCUUCAUCGUCAGCAAGCUGUGGUCCACAUACCACGAGAAACACCUGGUGAAAGGAGCCUGCAAGAAGACGCUCAGCGACCUGAAGCUGGACUACCUGGACCUCUACCUUAUUCACUGGCCCGUCAGUUUCAAGCCCGGGAGCGACCUCUUCCCGCUGGAUUCGAAAGGCAGCGUGAUUUCCUCCGACGCCGACUUUUUGGACACGUGGGAGGCCAUGGAAGAGCUGGUGGACGAAGGGCUGGUGAAAACCAUCGGCAUCUCCAACUUCAACCAUCUCCAGAUCGAGAAGCUCUUAAACAAACCUGGCUUAAAGUACAAGCCGGCAGUUAACCAGAUCGAGUGCCACCCGUACCUCACUCAGGAGAAGCUCAUCCAGUACUGCAACUCCAAGGGCAUUGUGGUGACCGCCUACAGUCCCCUGGGCUCUCCGGACAGGCCCUGGGCCAAGCCUGAGGACCCUUCCCUGCUGGACGAUCCCAAGAUCAAAGCCAUAGCUGACAAGUACAAUAAAACCACAGCCCAGGUUCUGAUCCGGUUCCCCGUGCAGAGGAACUUGGUCGUGAUCCCCAAGUCGGUGACACCGGAACGCAUUGCCGAGAACUUCCAGGUCUUCGACUUCGAGCUGAGCAGCGAGGACAUGGCCACCUUACUCAGCUACAACAGGAACUGGAGGGUCUGUGCCUUGGUGAGCUGUAUCUCCCACAAGAAUUACCCCUUCCACGAAGAGUUUUGAAGCCGUGGGGGCCUGCUCCUCCCCCGUGACCUGCUGCCUCCUCCUUCCUGUGCGUAGAGUAGUGUGGCCCGUGGCCCGUGGCAGUGGGCAGUCACCUGCAGACGAACCAGCACGGGCCUGGCCGGCUGGCCUGGGGUCCGAAGAAUGUCCGAGUAGAGUCUGUUUCAGUUUCCUUUGCCCUUCUCGUCCCGCGAGGAAGCACAAGCUCGAUACCCUUUCCCGAGUUGCAUUUACACAGUGAAAACUAGUGCCACUAACGAUGGGGCUUCGGCUGCUUGGAACCGGCCUCCCUUCAGCCAGCCUUCUCCUUGCCUCAAAUAACAAGUACUCUUCUUGUGAGCCUGA